AUGUUGUCAGUACUCCACUUGAAAACAUUUGUGACAAAUGUGAUUUGCAACAACCAGGUUGACCAGGAAUAUCCAUCAGACUACGCCAAUUCUCACAACAUCAGGAGAUUCAGAAUUGGAUUCAAAGGUGUAGAAUUGGCCAUCGCUCUUUUUGUACCUCGUAAUCUGUGCACAACUCAGGGACCAUACACAAUAUGCUGGCCGACACCAGAAACAUUCAUUGCCCACUCGGUCAAAGUAUCUUUUUAUGUACUUGUGGCAGCUCUGUUGACCCUAAGCUUUAUUAUCAGUUGUUUGUUUUACGCAGCCAAGCACCUUGUGGGAUCUUAUAAAAACCGAUCCAAAAGCUCUAAUACUCAAAUCAACCAAUUGACGAGUACCUUGUCUACACCGGUGGUUAUACCAGCGUCCAGUGAACCAUCGUCGUCAGUAGAACUACUAAAACCAAAUAAAACGCUACUGGUUCCAGAAACAAGCUCUUCGUCUACAGGCUACAGCAACCCCACAGAAAACUUGCCCUCUUACACACACUCUCCUUCUAAUGCUGCUAGCCACACCGAUCAGAGAAAGGGCCAGAUCUGGACAAGUGCAGCUGGCUUAGCUGUUUCAGCUGGUUCUAGUCCGGUGGACUCUUCUCCAAACAGUAUUCCAAUUCAGAUAGUUACGGAUGACCAAGUAAAAUCUUCUCUCGGCGAUGGUCCAGUUAAUACAGUUGAUGAUAGUUCAGUAUCUCAUAUUUCCGAUAAUAUUCCUUACCAACCAGUUGAUGAUGCUCCAGCAGAAUCUUUUUUUAACGAUGAUCCAGUUAAGACAGUGGAUGGCAUUUCAGUAGCUCUUACUUCCAGUGAUAGUACCAUCCAAGCAGAAGAUAACAGUUCAGUAGAUCAUACUUCAAAUAAUAGUCCUCUCCAAGAAGUUGAUGACACACCAGUCGAUUCUAAUGACAAUAGCGGGAUUGUCCAAAUGGUUGAUACCAGCUCAGUAGAUGACACUUCAGUAGAUUCUGAUGCUAAUAAUGAGCCAGUUCAAGCAGUUGAAGACAGCCCGAUAGCCCAUAAUAUAAACAGUAGCCCAGUACAGGUAGUAGAUAACAACUCAGAAGAAUCUACUGCCAGAAUAAGGCAAAUCAAUCCUGUUUAA